CGGACCUAGGCCCAAAAAAAUGAAAAAUUAGGCCCAGUUUAAUUGUCUGAGACCUGUGUGAGUAGGCCAUCAGCCAAGGAAGAACCGCAAAACCGCGAAUGCCCCUUCGCCAAGGAAGAAGGAACCCACUGCUAAACUGCGUCUGCUCACUCUGCCUCACCGUUUCAGCUGUUCAGGCGUUCACUCCGUUCCGCCUUCACUCUUCUUCUCUUCAGGUUAUUGGAAGUUUGAAUGAAUCAAGUACCGAUGAAUAAUCCCGAAAAAAUUGGUGAUAGUGUUGCUUCAAAAUCUCUAAAUUCAGCUUCAUCACCGUUCAAAAGGCUGGGUAGAAAGUCACCUUUCACUAGAUAUGGACUUCCUAUGAUCUCACUCAUGGUGCUUGGAUCUUUUGGUCUUGGCCACCUUUUGCAAGGCAGCAAGGAUAUUGCUAAAGUGAAGGAUGAUCGAGAGUGGGAAAUCAUUGAGACAAAAAAAGCACUUUCUAGAGAAGGGCCUGUGAAUGCAUAUAACCCCAAAAAGAUCAACUUGGAGGAUGAAUUGAAGGCUCUGAAAGAAAAAGUUGAUUUAAACAAUUACGAAUACAAGAGAAUUCCCAAGCCUGAUAAGAGCAAAUGAAAGGCUCUAGUUAAGAGAAUCCGUAGCAUGAAAGCGGCAGCAAUGAAUGUAGGGUAUCUUGUUUUCCUAGUUCAGGCUCUAUUUGGUAGCCUUAUGUUGCUUACUGAGUUGAAAAAGCGGCUUUUGACUUAUUUCGCUGAAAUGCACGUCACCAAGGAUAUACUUUUUCUUUCCGAAAGUUCAGCAGAUGCCACCAUUCCAACGAAGUACCUCUUUAUGCGAGGUUUGAAGUCUUUCGAACGCCCUUGUAUUUCUGUUGCUAAAUCUGCUGAUUCUGAAGUACAAUGAUGUACAUACACACAUUGAACAUUGUUUGAGCCACUGAAUUACAAUUUUUGUAAGGAACCC